GUGUUUGUUAAUUUUUAAUUUAUUAAAAAUUUUUUAUGUUUGUAUUGAUGAUAGCUUAAAUAAGUGAAAUUAAAAAAAUAAAAUCAUGAGUGUUUUAAGGAAUAUUUUUCGACCGGCUUACAGUGCAGCUAAAAUUUCAGCAGUUAAAUUAAAUAAUAUAAAUAAAAAAACAUUCUCAGUGUUACGUGUCUUUACAGAAUUUUCAAAACUUGAGAAUAAAAAAAUAAACCAACCAAUUUCUCACAAUCGAAAUUUUUCUUCUGAAGUAAACGCAGAACAAAUAUGCAAUAUAGGUACAAUAGGUCAUGUGGAUCAUGGAAAAACUACUCUGACAGCAGCUAUAACAAAAGUCCUGUCAGAGGAAUUUAAAAACUGCAAAUAUGUUCCAUUUGACCAAAUUGACAAAGCUCCUGAGGAGAAAGCACGUGGCAUCACAAUAAACAUUGCUCAUGUUGGUUACUCAACUAAAUUACGCAGAUAUGCUCACACAGAUUGUCCAGGCCACAGUGAUUUUAUAAAAAAUAUGAUCAGUGGAGCGUCACAAAUGGAUGGGGCUAUUCUUGUGGUAGCUGCUGAUGAUGGGACUAUGCCGCAAACUAGAGAACAUCUUUUUCUAGCAAAACAACUCAAUAUAAAACACAUUGUUGUCUUUAUCAACAAGGCAGAUCUUGUUGAUGAUGAGCUGCUGGACCUGGUUGAAAUAGAAGUGCGAGAGCUUUUAACUGACCUUGGAUUUGACGGUAUAAGUGCACCAGUUAUCCGUGGGUCUGCGCUUUUGGGUUUGAAUAGUGAUAAUUCUAAAUUUGGAGUCCCAGCAAUUAAAGAUCUACUGGAUGCUGUAGAUAAUUACGUACCGACUCCUAAAAGAGACUACGACUCACCUUUCCUGUUACCAAUUGACAAUGUGAUAAGUGUACCCGGCAGAGGUACCGUAGUAGUGGGUACAAUUAAACGAGGGAUCAUUAAAAAAAAUGCACCUGCUGAUUUGUUGGGUUUUGAUGAGCAAACUCGAACCACUGUUGGGGACAUUCAAAUAUUCCAAAAAAGUGUACCUCAAGCUCUCGCUGGAGAAAAUGUAGGAAUUUUAUUACGUAGCGUUAAGUAUAAUAAUGUCUUUAGAGGGAUGAUGCUCAGUCAGAAAGAUUCACUUCUUUCGACAAAUCAUUUUGAAGCACAGAUGUUUUUAAUUAAAACUGCUGAAGGUGGCCGACAUCGACCUUUACCUGCAUCAGGUCACUGCUCGCCAAUUUAUAGUUCAACGUGGUCAGUACAAUGUCGUUUUGAUUUAAUGCUUGGCCAAGGAAAUAAUAUGUUGAUGCCUGGUGAACAAUGUUCCACAAAAUUGACUCUUGUAAAACGAAUGCCAAUGAUGGUAGGACAGACCUUUACAGUAAGAGAAGGAAGAAACACAGUUGCUACGGGUCAAAUAACAAAAUUAUUGAAGCCUUUAAUUGUUGAUAAAAGAAAACUAAAUCAAGUUGUAGUGCCUGGGUUAGAUAAUUAAAAAUUAAUAAAUAAAAUGUAUAAGUAAAUGUAAAAAUAAUAAACAAAAAUUUUUUUAA